GAAACUCUCCCAUGAUUUGUUAUCUUCCCUCAAUCACAUGUAAACUCUUAACAAAGUGUCUGUUUGUCUUACUUACAACCUUUCUAAUUGCAAACAAAAAUGGAUCUGUGAUAUUUGGGCGACAAUCGGGGGUUCAAAAGCCGUCGUGGGAUUUCUUCACUUGUCUUCUUUCAUACACGGCUUUUCAAUCACUCUCCAUCCGUUUUUCCUUCUCAUCUCAGACAGAUUCAUGAACCAAACUGAGAGGGAAAUCUUCUCGAGAUCCGUCGGAUUAGAAACAGAAGAAGGGAUUGUGAGAGGAGCGAUUUCAGUCAGGAAUCCAUUGCACUCAGAUGGUUCAGGGACGCGCAUAUGAUAGCACACGAUCCAACAAUGUCGCCCUCCAAGACCACCUCGGGCUACCGAUUCCGUUUUGAGGACAUCUACGGUUGGAUCAUCGUGGUGGUGGCCUUUUUCUGCAUUUGUAUACCCGAUGGAAUCCUGGUAGCCUUCGGUGGAUUCGUCAAUCCUUUGGCCAAGGAGUUCCAAGUGAAUCCAACCACGAUCUCCUUGGCCGCUAGCAUCAUGAAUGGUGUCAAAUCCCUGUUCGGAUUAGUGGUCAGCACUCUAAUGGACAAGUACGGUUACCGAAUCAUUGGGAUCACCGGAGGAUUGAUUCUAGCGGGCAGCUUAUUGGUGUGCGCAUUUUCCUCUCACGUCCUGAUGUUGGUGAUUUUUUUCGGGGUAUUCGGUGGAAUUGGAGGCGCCAUGGUCUUUCUUCCACCCAUCAUCUUGAUUGGUCAGUAUUUCAAAAAACGUCGAGCCUUGGCUACCACAAUCGCUCGGGUCGGCUCGCCCUUGGGAGGAUUCAUCCUUGUCCCAUUGUGCAACAUCCUUCAAGAUCUGUAUGGUUGGCGGAAAGCGUUUCUCGGACUAGUGGGUAUCUCCUUGAUUUGUCCCGUUCUUUGUGGCUUGCUUAAAAUGGCCAAUCAUUUGGAUCUAGAACCUGUGCCUAACUUGGCGAGGAGGAAAAGCUUUUACAUCGGGGUCCCAUUGAAGAGCUUGUCCGCGAACUCGUCCGAGGCAUGUUCACGAGAUCCCCGGAGUAUGGAGAUGUCAAUCUGGAGACAUGAAUUGGCUCCGGUGGCUUCUACUGACAAAACCAGCUCUUCAGAACCAGCUACAAAUGCAGAGGAUCAAUGCCAACGAGAAACGUCGUUCAAAGCUGAAGUUGAAGAAAGCCAAUCAAAUCCGGUAGACACAUAUUCUCUAUCCAGCUCAUGCAAUACCCCAGGGACCGAGCUUAAGAUUCGGCCAAAGAUUGUAAUCGUGCCUCCUUUCGAAGAAACCAUGCUCUCUGCCCAUAUAGGAUUCGAACAAUCCACGGACGAUCAAGGCAGCAAUAGGAGCCGAGUUAGCCUCGAAGGAUCAUCACUUUCGGACCCAUCGUCAUCCCCGUUCUAUAACGUCAAUCAGAUCCUUCUGGCUCAUCUAGAAAUGCUAGCCAAACGUAAGCCCACGCGUUGGGAUCGCUUUUGCAUGGCCUUCUCGUUGGACCUGUUCCGAAACCCCGUAUUCAGUUUCUUUUGUCUGGCCAAUGCCUUGGGCAAUGCCUCGGGUUUUAUCCCUUUCGUGUACCUGCAAGGCUACAUGUCCGAGAUCGACAUUUCUAACACGCUCUGUGGAAUGGUCAUAGCUCUAAUGCAACUAUCCAAUGCUUUGGGUCGACUACCCUUGGGCGUGGUAGCCGAUCUACCCACUGUCAGCCCUAUACUCAUUACCAUGCUCCUGUGGAUCCUAUCAGGAAUCACUGUCACAAUGUUCACGUUACUGAAUCGUGUUGAAUUGUUCGUCAUCUGCGGCAUUUUAUAUGGGUUAGGCAACACCGCCCUCUCCAUCCAAAGCGUGGUUUUGUUGGACAUCCUCGAGGAAAUGAACCGUCUACCGGAUGCUUUUGGGCUGCUGCUAUUCUUGGAAGGUGUAACCAAGACCAUUCUCCCGCCCCUUUCUGGUUACUGCGCGUCUUUCUUCAGCUGUCCCGAACUGGUUUUUUACUGGAGUGCUGUUGGGUUUGCCCUGUCGGCCUCUUCAUGUUUUACCGCCCAUGUUUUGGCCAAGCAGGAAAAGAAUGAGCCAGGAGGAAGAGUCACUUUUGUUUAAUGAAAGUAGGAUAGUGAACGAUUUUGAGUCAAAUCUAUGCAGUUUUGAAUAAACGUGUACGUGUCUAUUCCAAAGCACAACCUUUCGAAUGCUGGUUAGGCUGCCAGGCUGGGACGAAAACAUGCAUGGAUACCGGGUCAAGCAUUCGCUUUCCGUCUCGUUAUUUUUGGUUCAAUGUCAGGCUAACCUCUUGACGUUAUUUGCCUACAGUAUGAGUUCUUGCAUUGACACCAAAAUGGGUCCAUCUGAGGUCAGUGUCAAAGGCGGUUAGAAAUUGCCAACAACCCUGGCUUGAUUUGAGGGUUGGGCAAACCUUGGGUCCUUUGGCUUUUUGCUCCUUGCUGGCUUAUUCUUGAUCUUCUACUGAUCAAACGGUA